AUGCCGGAACGCUGCGUUGUCUAUGGCUGUAACAACACAGCAAGUUCGACAAAAGGUAUAUCUUUAUACCGUAUACCUUAUUGGGACGAUAGCAGGCAAAUUGCGAGAAGCAGACGAAAGAAAUGGGAGGACUUCAUUCGGCGGAAAAGAGACAAAUGGCUGCCAAGUGUUAGUUCAGUUGUGUGCUCUGAACACUUCGCGCAAGAAUGUUUUGAGUACGGUUCGAGCACUGUAGAGAAGUACAAGAUCCCGAAGCUUAAGCGAGAUGAAGUUGGAGUUACUGCUGUGCCUUCUCUGCUGCCUAAAGCGACGUCUUUGGAUAGUGAACAAAGUAUGCGCAUACAAAACAGAGGGAAGCUGUGUAUUUAUAUCUCGUGUUUGUUUGAAUCUAGGUAUUCAAACCGUGUGCGUUUCCAUCCCUGGCUUUGUUUUAUAUUUAUAUAUUUUAUUACUUUUGAUAGUUUGUAUUUAAAUCUAAGAUAUAAAAUCUUGCGAAUUUAUAGAUAGCAUUUGCGGAAGGACCCCCAACUGUUGAAGAACCUCAGUCUUCGAUGUCAACAAACGUGAGUAUUUUGUAUUUUGAAACGUAUAAUUCUCUUGGUGUAUUUACAACUAAAUAAUAUCUACAUUUAUAGAUUACAUUUGAGGAAGGACUUUCAACUGGUGAGGAACCCGGACCUUCAACCUCGAAAAAAAUAAAAGAGGCGAGUGCUUUGGACUUUGGAACAGACUUGUAUCAUAUUGCAUGCAAUAACGUGUGACUUUAUUUCAAGGCAAAUUUCAAGGCAAAUUUCAGUGUUCAUGCAAACCCAUAUACUAAUGACAGUUUCUUGUGUUGUAAACAUACAAAAGGGCUAAUUCAAGAAUGUAUUUUUGUCUUUUAUAGCAUGGGGAAUGUAGCAAUUGUAAAGCUUUGUUGCUAAAAAAUAAGAGGCUCAAGAGUGAUUGGCUGUCUGCAAAAAACAAGCUUGAAGUUUGCAGAAUGCAAAUUGCAAAAAAUUCAGGUAAGUCAUAUGUACUGAUUUCUUUUGGCCUUACAUUACUGCAAUUUCAUACCCAGAGCAAUAGGAUCAACCUACACUGUAGCCUCUGGGUAUAAGAUUGCACAUACUGUAGAGUUCAUAAAUCAUGUAGUGACCCAGCACCAAUAAUUAACCAUAGUAACAAACUUUUUAUGAUCGUGAAAAAACACAGGAGAAGAAACUCAUCCCAGUACAGCGUCAAGAUGUGAUCUCACAACAAUCGUAAGUGAUGAUGAACAGUGCAGCUCAGACAUUGGAAUACCUCCAUCAGAUGAUUUCCAUGAAGAGGAUUGCUAUGAUGAAGAAACACCAGAAGAAUCAACAGAGACUGAGACAGAUGAUGAGACAAAUCCGCAACAUAAAAG